AGUCUCGGCGACUCUAUCAAGGCCAUGCCUUCCCGGGCUUCGCAACCUGGUAAGACUGCGCCCAAGUUCCUCCAUGACCUCCUUCGACUCGACCCUCAAGCCAUCGGCCUGAACCACCGAAACAUUCUUCUCGACAACCCUCCGCAAUUCGACGGCAACGCCCGCUCAGGCCCUCCCUUGGUCUUGGACAGAGGCAGCUGCAAGCAUGAAUACUACUCGCACAUAGUACGCUGCAACUUGCCGCGUAUCGAUGAGUCCGCACAACAAGAUACUCGCUGGAAGGUCGCCGCUUGCUGCAGGAAAUGCCGCCUCUAUCUCACUCUCUCCAUCGACUACCCGGAAACUGGCUGCAAACUACCAUGUCCCAACCGAGAUUACCCACUCCACCAUCUUUGUCACACUACGACAUCCACCGACCCGUCACAAGUCGGCUACCACUUUGAGUGCUCCAAUCUAGCCUGUCAAGCACAUGUGCACGUUGCUUACCAGAGACCCGUCUUGACCAAAGAAGAUAUCGUAGUUCUUACCGAUCCUCAAGCUCUGAAUCGACGUUACGAGCACGUCCUCGAGGCUACUCCGGACCGUGAGGGUGUGCGUCUGGCCACUCCUCAGGAAGUCUUCACCCGCUUCAAGAGAUAUGUUUCGGAUUCCCUGCUUGAGGAAAAUGCUAGGCGCAGCUUCCCUGCAAGAAAUAAGAGAUUCAUGGAAGCCUUCGGAACAGAUUGCGACUUGUUACUCUACCGCAUAGGAUUCAAGAAAGACGAGGACCAACAUGGCGAGGAUCAAUGGAAGCUGCCUUCGCCGAAAUCAGUUGACGAUCCGGACCUAUUGCGUCUUAUGCUCGAGAGAUUGGUCAUUGAGUUGCAGUACCUGAUUGACGAGUAUUGCGCAAGUCACGCAACCCCCAAUCCUUCGCGGCCGACGUAUCAGGAUGCGAAAGUGGAUCUCGCUCGUACGCUGAGCGCACAGGGCUAUGAUAAAGUCCCUGGGCGCAAUCUGGAUCCGACCGAAGAGGACCAUCCCUGCUUUGCCAGUCUUGGUGCCCUUGGCGAUUUCUCAGAUCGUCUGAUAAUCUUCUCUUAUGAAAGGCAGGCGGCAUGUGAUCCCAUAGAAGGGCCGUAUUACUUCGAUUGCCUCCAAGAGCUCGCGACGGGUAGACAGAGCGAGCUUCUUAUCACAAAGUCAGCCACUCUCGCAUCAGAGAAUGUCUUGAGCAAAAAGGAUAUCAUUCAAGCAUACAAAGCUUUAGGUAUUGAUCCGGAUGUGCAAAACACUAUCGACGACGAACAAAUAAUCGGAAUUUACAAAUCACGAUGGUCAGACAGUAGCGCAACCGGGCAGGCCGACUUGAAGAUAGCCCUGAAGACUCUAGGCAAUGCCAGAAGCAGUCGCUCAAUACUUGACACUGCCGCAGACACUGUGGAAACAUACGAACAAGCACUUACAUGGCUCGGUGCCGAUGCAUCUCAAGCAGACGACACAAUUGUAGCGCUGUAUGGCGUCAAAGUCGAUGACAGUUACAACGAUUCAAUGACCAAAGAUCUUGCCCGCCGUGCCGUUGGCUUGAUUGCUGCGCACCGCAAAAGCGAGAUUUUGCAAAGUUGGCUUGCUACUGGUGAAAUGACUUCGCAAACAAUGGCUCUCCAAGAAGCGUGCAAACACUUGGAGAUCGACAAUCUCGACGAGGUCGACCCAAGCAUGAUUGAAUUCCAAUUCGACCUUGUCAGAGAGGGAAAACCUGGAGCGACAACUGACAAGGCUAUCGCCGUCGUUCGCAAAGCUAUGGAUGAACGACAGUCCGGACAACAGUCUACACAGAGCAGGCCUGUCGGGCUGAUCAGCCACGGAAACACUUGCUAUCUCAACAGUCUCCUCCAAUACUACUUCACCAUCAAGCCUCUGAGAGAGCUGGUACUCGAUUUCGACAGGUUCAAGUACGAUUUAGCAACCCAAGGCGCAAAAGCUGAGCGAGUUGGAAACCUUCAUCGUCCCGAGUAUGAGAUCGAAUCGUUCCAAAGCCUUACUAACGAUCUCCGACACCUCUUCGAGCGCAUGAUCAAAGACCGUGGAACAGCUGUCAAGCCUGAAGCGGAUCUGGUCUGUCGAGCUUUCUUGAAGCCCACCAGCCCUGAAGCAGAUACAGCAGGCUCUCAACAGGACGAGGGAGUAGACGUCAACAUGACUUCCACCGAGAACGAAAAUCAUCCUGCUGACGUGGCAGCCCUCGGAAACGCAGAUGACUCCUCCACAAUCUCUCAAACCAGCUCAACUACGCUUCAAGGCAACGCUGUGCUUACUCCGCCCGUCACGCCUAAAGCUGAGAAAGAGGGCGAACUUCUCGCCCCGCCGUUACCGCCUAGAAGGCCUGCAACUCCAUCUCAACAAACUAGAACCAACCUGCAAAAGGCAGAAGAAGCUGCCAGACAGCAACAAGAUGUCGCCGAAGUCAUGGAGGAGUUGUUGACAAGGCUGAGAGCCUCAAUCAAGCCGCUCGGCCAAGACCCUCAGGGCGAGCAGUUGGACCAGCUUCGAGAGCGAGCAACCUUCGACAAAGAAGAUGAUUUCACCAACUUGAUGCUCCUGCCACCUUAUGAGCCUACCGACAUCUACUCUGCUCUCAGUCGAGUUCUUGAUCUACACCCCGAACCAGAAGCUAGCAAGCCGGUCAAUGUGUACAAAACCUUGAAGUCAUUCCCACCGAUCCUUCAAAUCAGCAUCAAUCGCAUCCGUUUGGAUCGUGAAGGCAAGCCAGUCAAGAGUGUUGAUCGCAUAAGACUCGAAGAGACCCUAUACAUGGAUCGCUAUUCAGACGAUGAGGCCGUACUUGCUAGACGCAAACAAUGCUGGGAGUGGAGAAGACGUUUGCGCAGCCUACAAGCCGAGAAAGAGAUUAUUCAGAAGACAGACAUUGGCAUUGACGGUCCGUCUGCACUCGAUGCUGUGGGUGAUUGGCUGUCUAACCUGUCUGAAUCGAACUCAAUUCUUUCGGAAGCUGGGGUGGACCCGAUCAAAGUGCCAGAGUCACUCUCAUCGGAUCUCAAGCAAGAGAGGGAUGUCCAGCGUGCGCGUCUCCCAAUCAUCGACCAGGAAGUACGAGAGCUGGAAGACAACAUCACAAAGCAGUUCUCUGGAUCUGAGUUUGAGAAGCUCAAAUACUGCCUUCAUGCCGUCUUCUUCCAUCGCGGUAGCACCGGUCAUGGCCACUAUUGGACUGACAUUUACGACGUUCAAAACAACAUCUGGCGUAAAUACAACGAUGAGCAUGUUGAGCCGAUCAACACGCUCGAUGAGAUACUCAACGCGGAAACCUGGCAGCAUGGCACACCCACAUACGCUGUAUACGUUCGAGAUGACACCAAGGAGCAAUAUGUCGAGCCACUAUGUCGCGACGUCGAAGAAGUAGCCGAUGAGCCAAUGCCCGAUGCAACUACUUCGUUCCAGCUAAUGCCUGAUGCGACUCCAUUCGACCUGGCAUCUACAGCAGUCAGCGAUAUCAAAGUAGAAGGAGACUGGGACAAGAUUGACGAACCGGUAAAAGAGAUCAACUGGUAG